UCUUCAGUUCGUCCACAUCGGUCACCACGGUAUGAGCUCUAGUUAGGCUCCCUUCCCCCCAAAUUGGAAUUUGGAUAAUUGCAAAAAUUUGUUAGAUAGCAAAUAAAUAAAAUAAUUACUGGCGAUUCUUGUGUCAAUUUAAAUUACGUUCGUUGCAAAAUGGCGCGUGCAGCUUUAUGCAUGGUCGUCGCUUGCAUAUUGUUGCAAUGCGUUUACUCUGCCAAAUUCGAUUCAGAGAAUCGACGAUUGAUCGUCGAUAUCAAUGAUAAAAAGACAACGAACCAACAAUAUUAUUCGUCAAACUUUGACACAAUUUCAGCGCCCAAAAGCAGGCUAUAAAUUGAUGUUAGGCAGUUAUAGAGUAGGUGCGUAAAUUUCUACAACCAACUUCACAGCACAAUUUUCAGCAAAUCUCAAAUUCUCCCUAUCACACCAAAACGUUAAACUCUAAAACCAUUAUCUUUCAACCAAAAAUCCACUCCCAAAAUACUGAAAA